GUCACGUGAUCUCGAGCUACAUCGCAACAUGGCGGCGCCCAGGGAGCGGCGUGGCUGCCAGGAGUAAUGUUGUUUCUUCCUUGAAGCGGUUCUCGCUGGAUUCCGGUCCGGAAAGAGGGGAAGAAAACGCAGCUGUUUCAAGAUGUCGCGACUUAUCGUGAAGAACCUCCCGAACGGGAUGAAGGAAGAGCGCUUCCGGAACCUCUUUGCUGCAUUUGGCACGUUGACUGACUGCAGUUUGAAAUUCACCAAGGAUGGCAAAUUCCGCAAAUUUGGGUUUAUUGGCUUUAAAUCAGAAGAGGAUGCCAAUGUGGCCCUUGCCCAUUUCAACAAAAGCUUCAUAGACACAGCCAGAGUGACGGUUGAAUUUUGUAAGUCUUUUGGGGACCCACAGAAACCCAGAGCCUGGAGCAAACACUCUGUCAAGCCCCCAGUGUUAAAGGAAGCUCCUGAAAAGUUUACAAAAAGUUCUGGUAAUAAAGAAGCAAAACAAGAGAAAAAGAAAAAGAAGAAUCGACCGGGGGAGUUAAAGGAGCUGGAAGAAGAGGAGGCGUUUCAAGACUUCCUGGCAGUGCACAAGAAGCGGUCUCAGGCGGCCACCUGGUCCAACGAUGCCAAAGUGAAGGAGCCCAAGAAGAGCAGAGCCAAGCAGACAGAUGAUUAUCUGAACUUUGACUCUGACGGGUCGGAGAGCCUAAGCGAGAGGGAAGCUGAGAGUGGAGAGGAGGAACAAAAGGAGGGAAUUACCCAAGGAAAAGAGAAAAGCGCCGAAGGCAAGAUGGCGGCCAGGCAGGAGCUCUCUGACAUGGACUACCUGAGGUCUAAAGUGGUGAAGGGCGAUGGCUCCUUGCCUUCGUCUGGGGAGGAGAGCGAGGCCGAGGAGUCAGACAGCAGGGGCUUUGAUGGAGAAGAGGAGGCAGAGGACGAGAAGCCCAGCCAGAAGCAAGGCCGAGGUGCUGUCCUCGCAACAGGACCUAGGCUGGAUGAAAAGAUCAAGGGGCAGGGAAGUGUCACGAAGGGGAAGAAGAAACCGAAAUCUGCAUCCCAGGCAAAAACUCCGGCCGGUGCAAAUGAGCCCACCACUCCCUACACAGUGAAGCUGCGAGGCGCCCCGUUCAAUGUCACAGAGCAAAACGUCAAGGAGUUUCUUGUGCCUCUCCGGCCAGUGGCGAUCAGGAUUGCAAGGAACGCCCACGGUAAUAAGACAGGUUAUGUGUUUGUUGAUUUUAACAGUGAGGAAGAGGUGCAGAAAGCAUUGAAACGAAAUCACGAAUACAUGGGUGGGCGGUACAUCGAGGUGUUUCCUGAAGAGAGCGCUGGAAAGGCGAAACUCCCUUCAAAAGACCUGGCCCAGGUCUGGCAAAGGACGAAGAAGGAUGAUGAAGAGGAGGAAGACCUCUCCGAAUCCGGGAGGCUCUUUGUGAGGAACCUUCCCUACUCCAGCACUGAAGAAGACUUGGAAGCAAUCUUUUCCAAAUACGGGCCCCUCUCUGAGAUCCAUUUCCCCAUUGACAGUCUCACCAAGAAACCCAAAGGUUUUGCUUUCAUCACCUACAUGAUCCCGGAACAUGCCGUCAAGGCCUUUGCAGAAGUGGAUGGGCAGGUUUUCCAGGGCCGGAUGCUACACGUUCUGCCCUCCACUAUUAAGAAAGAAGAAGGGGAGGACUCGGAUGCUGCUGGGGCGUCUUCUUACAAGAAGCAAAAGGCAUCCAAGGACAAAGCCAACAGUUCCAGCUCUCAUAACUGGAACACCCUCUUCAUGGGGGUGAAUGCGGUCGCCGAUGCUGUUGCGCAGAAGUACAAUGCAACGAAGAGCCAAGUGUUUGAUCAUGAAGGCAAGGGGAGCGUGGCCGUGAGAGUGGCUCUGGGGGAAACAGAGCUGGUUCAGAAGGUCCGACAGUUCCUGCUGGACAACGGCGUCCGUCUGGAUUCCUUCAGCCAGGCUGCUGGUGAGCGGAGCAAGACCGUGAUUCUGGUGAAGAACCUGCCUGCUGGAACAGAGGCGGACGAAAUAGAGAAGGCCUUCGGGGCGCACGGAAGCCUUGGUCGGGUGCUGCUCCCCGAAGGAGGGGUGACAGCCAUUGUGGAGUUCCUGGAGCCCACCGAAGCUAAGCGGGCGUACAUGAAAUUGGCUUACUCGAAGUUCCAGAAUAUCCCCCUGUACCUAGAAUGGGCGCCUAUGGGAGUCUUCUCUGGUCCUGCAAAGAGAGAACCUGAGAUUCCAGGAGGUGAGAAGGAAGGAGACGGACAGCCUGGAACUGGUGAUUGUGGAAGCCAAGGAGCUCAGACGCAGCCAGUGGAAGCCGAAAUAGAGGAGGACGAAGAAGAAGAAGAGGAAAGCAUUCCUGGGUGCACACUCUUCAUAAAGAACCUCAACUUUGUCACUACAGAGGAGACUCUACAAGAGGUCUUUUCCAAGGUGGGAGCCGUGAAGAGUUGCGCCAUCUCAAAGAAGAAAGAUAAAGCUGGAGCGCUCCUUUCCAUGGGAUUUGGAUUUGUGGAAUACAAGAAGCCAGAGCAUGCUCAGAAAGCCCUCAAACAGCUGCAGGGUUGCUCUGUGGAUGGUCAUCAGCUGGAAGUGAAGAUCUCCGAAAGAGCUGUCAAGUCAGCUGCGGUCUCGGCCCGGAAGAAGCAAACAGGCAAGAAGCAAAAGAGUUCCAAGAUCUUGGUGCGUAAUAUCCCCUUCCAGGCAACCGUGAAAGAAAUCCGAGAGCUUUUCAGUACCUUUGGAGAACUGAAAACCGUUCGCCUGCCGAAGAAAAUGGCUGGAACAGGAACGCACCGUGGUUUCGGUUUCGUGGACUUCCUCACAAAGCAGGACGCUAAGAGAGCUUUCAACGCCCUCUGCCACAGCACUCAUUUGUACGGCCGGAGGCUGGUCUUGGAAUGGGCUGACUCGGAGGAAACAGUGGAGGCCCUGAGGCGGAAAACGGCAGAGCAUUUUCACGAUUCCCCGACCGCAAAGAAAAAGAAGCGAUCAGCUGUUCUGGAAGAAAUCCUGGAGAAGCUGGAGGAUGAAGGGGGUGAGGAAAGCAGCUAAUGCCACUGACCCCAAAACUAUGAGCCACAGCUCAGAACUGAGUCACGCCCGAGAGAACAACGGGGGAUCUGUCCGUGAACCCCAAAGAGGAGAGUCCUUUGAACAAGCAGCUUCGAAGCGGUGGCACUCAUCACUUUCAUUCGUCCGCCAUUUCCUGGCUAGGAAAAGCAACACCUCGGCCUGAUGAACCAGCAAAAGG